UGGGCACUGUAGCUCUGACUGAGCUGACGGGUUUUCAUUUAGUCCGAAUCGUUCAGCCUAUUAACUAUUAUUAUCAUGAGCACGUUUGAAGCAAAAGUAAUUUAUCGUAAUUAAUUCCUAUCAAUGACCUUGAGAAAAAAGUUCCACCAGCAGACUACAUUUGGGUUUUGAUUUUUCUAAUCGUCACAUCAUCUGCUUGAGAUGAGAUUAACUUUCGUCAUCCAUCCAUUUUUGUCAAACGUAUCGUGAAUCAAGUUUAAGAUUAUGUGUUGAGGCAAUUUGUUUCAGAAUUAAAUAGCUACCACUGACGCUCGCAGUCAUAAAAUUAAAAGCAAUGCUUUCUAACAAUUUCAAGGUUAUGAAAUGUAACAGGAGUCAAGCAACUUCACGUUAUAAUUGACUAGAAUCGAAAGGACAAUUGCGCAACAGAAUGACAAUUUGCUGAUUGCAGGCCACGAAAACGGAAAAUCCAACAGAUGAAAAACACAAACCAGACAUUCAACUCGACGUUCACUGGGAACUUUCGGACGCCCGCAAGUUAUAGCCGUUCUCUUACAGCGAUUAACAGUCUCUAAUUAUCAUCCAGUAUCUAAAAACAUCCAUCAGAAACUAGAACAAGGUGAAUCAACAAAUCCUUUAUAAAGGCUGGCUUUUUCCAAAUGGACAUUCACAGUCAAACCGAAGUUUUAAUCGAAAAGUAAGAUGAAGUUCCAUUGCUUGCCUUUGGUAGUUGCCAUUUUGUGCAUCUCAGUCACCCAUUCUGCACCGUGGCCCAGGGAAGACUCCAGUCUCUUGAAACAACAAGGAGCUGAUGGAAUUAAAAAUGGCGAGUCCGUGAAACGUGCUGCCAAUAACCGCAGAUCAAUGACUGGUGUUCCUUUCUUCGAAGUCCAUGAUCUGACCGGAGUUAAACACGAACACAUCCCUCAUGAUGUCAUGCCGUUUGAAGUCGUUAACAUCGACGGUCACACCCACAACACUCUUCCGGCUGGUAUCAUCCCCGUUGAAAUUAUUCAGCAAAAUUCACCCGAAGUCUUUGAAGUCCACGAUCUGACCGGAGUUAAACACGAACACAUCCCUCAUGAUGUCAUGCCGUUUGAAGUCGUUAACAUCGACGGUCACACCCACAACACUCUUCCGGCUGGUAUCAUCCCCGUUGAAAUUAUUCAGCAAAAUUCACCCGAAGUCUUUGAAGUUCACGAUCUGACCGGAGUUGAGCACGAUGACAUCCCUGAUGACGUCGUCCCUUUCGAAGUCGUUAACAUCGACGGCCACACCCAUGAAACUCUUCCGGCUGACAUCAUCCCUGUUGAAGUUAUUCAACCGAAUUCGGCCGAAGUCUUCGAAGUUCACAACUUGGACGGAGUUGACCAUGACGAUAUCCCCGAUGAUCUCUCCGUGUUUGAGGUUGUCGAUAUCUCCGGACACACCCAUGAGACCCUGCCUAAGGAUGUCUUCCCUGUCCACAUCACUCCCAUUGGCCCAGUUUCUGCUGGAGCCAGUGCUGUCAGCACAGACGGAUCUGCCGUUUUUGCUUCCGCCUCCGCUUCAUCGUCUGGAAUUCCGGCCGGCCGGCCGGCCGGAGUGACUCGCACCUCAUCUGGCAUGUCCCGCAUUAAAGUUGUUCCAUCUUACGUCAACCGGAUGAAGUUCCCUACCAAGUCUGCUGUACCUCAUGUCGCUCCUGCAGUUGCCAGUGCCAGGCCUUAUGCUGCUACUAAAGUGAAAUGUCGCCAACCGGAUCUUUUCCCGUUCAGAGGACCUGCCACAGGCAUGUUCAAAUUCUUCUCGGAUAUCGUACGAGAGGAACUGUCCGAUUGCACCGCUGGAGGACAAAUGCAUUAAAAAAAGAUAUUGCCAAUUAUUUAUUUAAUAGAAAACCACUACUUGCUGCUGUACGCAAUACUAUUUAUUUAAAUGAAAUAAGCCAGUAAAUUUGUCACAAUCAA